GCAGCCCGACAGCCCGCCCGCCUGGCGAGCGCAGCCUCUUCUUCCAGAAACUGCGAGGAUCCGAGCGCACUGUUUGUGCACCACAAGAUGGAAGAGAAGAGGCGAAAAUACUCCAUCAGCAGCGACAACUCUGACACCACUGACAGUCACACUACAUCGGCAUCAAGAUGCUCCAAACUGCCCAGCAGCACCAAGUCGGGCUGGCCCCGGCAGAACGAAAAGAAGCCAUCAGAGGUUUUCCGGACAGAUUUGAUCACAGCUAUGAAGAUCCCAGACUCAUACCAGCUCAGCCCGGAUGACUACUACAUCUUGGCAGACCCAUGGCGGCAGGAAUGGGAGAAGGGUGUGCAGGUGCCUGCGGGAGCGGAGGCCAUCCCAGAGCCCGUGGUGAGGAUUCUUCCACCACUGGAAGGCCCCCCUUCCCAGGGGUCCCUGAGCAGCCCUGCACUUGGUGAAGGCUCCCAGCCCGACUGGCCAGGGGGCAGCCGCUAUGACCUGGACGAGAUUGACGCCUAUGAGGUCAUCAACUCUGAGCUCAGGGAGAUGGAGAGGCCCGAGCUGGACGAGCUGACAUUAGAGCGUGUCCUGGAGGAGCUGGAGACCUUGUGCCACCAGAACAUGGCACGGGCCAUUGAGACGCAGGAGGGACUGGGCAUCGAGUAUGAUGAGGACGUCGUCUGCGAUGUGUGCCGCUCUCCUGAGGGUGAGGACGGCAACGAGAUGGUCUUCUGUGACAAGUGCAACGUCUGUGUGCACCAGGCUUGCUACGGGAUCCUCAAGGUACCCACGGGCAGCUGGCUGUGCCGGACGUGUGCCCUGGGGGUCCAGCCAAAGUGCCUGCUCUGCCCCAAGCGAGGAGGAGCCUUGAAGCCCACCAGAAGUGGGACCAAGUGGGUGCAUGUGAGCUGCGCCCUGUGGAUUCCUGAGGUCAGCAUCGGCUGCCCAGAGAAGAUGGAACCCAUCACCAAGAUCUCGCACAUCCCAGCCAGCCGCUGGGCUCUGUCCUGCAGCCUCUGCAAGGAGUGUACGGGCACCUGCAUCCAGUGUUCCAUGCCUUCCUGCGUCACGGCAUUCCACGUCACAUGCGCCUUUGACCAUGGCCUGGAAAUGCGGACUAUCUUAGCAGACAAUGACGAGGUCAAGUUCAAGUCAUUCUGCCAGGAGCACAGUGACGGGGGCCCGCGAGGUGACCCCACGUCGGAGUCCUCGGAGCCCAGCCAGGCCGGCGAGGACCUGGAAAAGGUGACCCUGCGCAAACAGCGGCUGCAGCAGCUGGAGGAGGACUUCUAUGAGUUGGUAGAGCCGGCCGAGGUGGCCGAGCGGCUGGACCUGGCUGAGGCACUGGUCGACUUCAUCUAUCAGUACUGGAAGCUAAAGAGGAAAGCCAAUGCCAACCAACCGCUGCUGACCCCCAAGACCGACGAGGUGGACAACCUGGCCCAGCAGGAACAGGACGUCCUGUACCGCCGCCUGAAGCUCUUCACACACCUGCGGCAAGACUUGGAGAGGGUUAGAAAUCUGUGCUACAUGGUGACAAGGCGCGAGAGAACGAAACACGCCAUCUGCAAGCUCCAGGAGCAGAUAUUCCACCUGCAGAUGAAACUUAUUGAACAGGAUCUGUGUCGAGAGCGGUCUGGGAGGAGAGCAAAGGGCAAGAAGAGCGACUCGAAGAGGAAAGGCCGUGAGGGUCCCAAGGGCAGCCCCGAGAAGAAAGAGAAAGUGAAGGCGGGGCCCGACUCAGUCCUGGGGCAGCUGGGCCUGUCCACCCCCUUCCCCAUCGAUGGCACCUUCUUCAACAGCUGGCUGGCACAGUCCGUGCAGAUCACGGCCGAGAACAUGGCCAUGAGCGAGUGGUCACUGAACAAUGGGCACCACGAGGACCCUGCUCCAGGGCUGCUGUCGGAGGAGCUGCUGCAGGACGAGGAGACGCUGCUCAGCUUCAUGAGGGACCCCUCGCUGCGGCCCGGUGACCCCGCCAGGAAGGCCCGUGGCCGCACCCGCCUGCCUGCCAAGAAGAAACCGCCUCCACUACAAGAUGGGCCGGCCUCACGGACAACUCCAGACAGACCCCCCAAGAAGCCCUGGGGCCAGGAUGCAGGCAGCGGCAAAGGGGGACAAGGGCCCCCCACCAGGAAGCCCCCACGGCGGACAUCUCCUCAUUUACCGUCCAGCCCUACAGCUGGGGACUGUCCCAUCCCAGCGGCCCCUGACAGCCCCCCACCGCUAGCCCCUGAGACCCCAAACGAAGCAGCCCCAAUGGCUGCCGACUCGAAUGUCCAAGUGCCUGGCCCUGCAGCGAGCCCCAAGCCCUUGGGCCGGCUCCGGCCACCCCGUGAGAGCAAAGUAACCCGGAGGUCGCCGGGCUCCAGGCCUGAUGCCGGGACAGUACCGCCUUCUGCUGUGGCCGAGAGGCCCAAGGUCAGCCUGCAUUUUGACACAGAGACUGACGGCUACUUCUCUGAUGGGGAGAUGAGCGAUUCAGAUGUAGAGGCGGAGGACAGCGGGGUACAGAGGGGCCCCCGGGAAGCAGGGACUGAGGAGGUGGUUCGCAUGGGGGUACUGGCCUCCUAACUCAGCCCCGCCCCUGCCCUGGGCCCUGCCCUGGUUCCCCCUUCCCCCCACGAGGCCUCAGCCCAGUCACAACUGCCAUUUCCAAUUUUGCUGAGUGUCCCAGACCCUCGCCCCUGCCACUCUGUUGUGGUUUUAUUUUUAAUAUCGAGAGCGUUUUUGAAUUCCACACUGUUGUCUUUCCUCUGUGCUGGCCUAGGACAUUAGGAUUCCUUCCACGGCGCUGGCCACCGGGACCAUGCCAGUCCCGUGCACCACCCCUGCCCCGGCCCACGAUCUCGCUGGGCUCCUGGCUAGAUGUAGGCAAGGUGAAGUCGAGCUCAGGACUCGCGCCGCUGCCACUGGGUGAUACAGACUGUCGUUCGGGCAUUAUUUCAUGGCGCAUGGGCCAGCCCAGGGCCUACGCCGCCUUGCCCCCAUCCCAUGGGGGUAUAUCCAUUUGGGGGGUCCUGCUGCACUCCACUGAUCCCCAAGGAUGUGUAUAAGCGAUAGGCAGCCAGAGUCUGUCUGCUCACUGUCACAAGCACAAUGAGUUUAUAUCGGAAAGCACUGAGGUGGGGCAGAGGGCCCACUGGUUCCAGGGGACCCAAAAGCUGUUCCUGGCCAGCCCACAUCUUCUGAGGCCUGCCCGCCCACCCGCCACCCACCCUCCCUUGCCGCUCUACCCCUGCCAGCGCCCAGCCCAGCAUCUCUGGGAAGGAGUUCCCAGAAUCCUUCUUGAGCUGUGCCAUUUACUCAGGGGACUCCCAGACAGCCAGCCACCGGCGCAGGUGGAGGGCUGCGAGGGGGGCCAGUGCCCAGACGGGGGCGUGGGGCUCAGACCACCCACUACAGAGAAUCUCUGGGGCUCCAACUUCCUUCCUUCGGGGCCAGUCUCGGCUGAAAUCUGGUCACGCCUUGACCGGGCGGACCAGACCAGACCGUUUGCCUUUCCAAGUUUCCUAGUCCUGCUAAGAGUAAGCUUCUUCCUCGGUUUCCUUUUGGAAACGCCUCCUUCCAACAAGCAGUGGGAUCCCGGGGCCCGGGGCGGGCCAGUGUUGCGUCUUGCUGAAUGUUCCUGUUCCCCUGUCCCUCAGAGCCUUAAGGCCCCUUCCCAGCCCUGCCCUUUCCCCGCCACCACCUCAGUCCUGCCCUACCCUCCAGGUCCCAGGUAGUUGCUCUGAAGAGUUUCAGUAGAGUGGCCCCAGGGUGAUAGCUCAGGGAACAAAAAUGGAAUUCAGUGAAAACAUUUUUUUUUCUUUUAUGGAAUUACUCCUGGGUCACUUCCGCCACUGGUAAAGCCAGAACUUCUCCAACAAGAACCUUGCAAAAGUCCAGUGAAUCAGUCGAAUCAUUCUAUGGAUGCCAAAGAAUAUUUUGACCAUAAUACAGCACAGCCUGGACCUGACAACUUGUCGCUUGGACUUUUUUUUAAAUGGAGUUCUUUAGCAACAAAGUCUAGAAACAUCGCCCGCACCCAAGGAAACAAGCCCAGGCUCUUGGAAGAGAAUGCUUUUCUGCUGCUGAACUGUACCUGGGUAUUGGAUUUCAGAACCUGGGCUGGGCCCACUGUGAGCUUUCCUAAACUCCGAGACUUGCAGAGGGGAAAAUGCAGUGAAACCAGCAUGGAAAAAUCUCUCUACCAUCUGGUUCCCCUCACGCAAAUACACAGAGCAAAUAAGUGGGAUGGGGACCAUCCAACUCGGCUGGCACCCUCCCCCAACUCCAAAACUAUCAAGGUACGACAGUGGCAUUGUCAUCGACACUCGAUUUCAUGUGAAUUUGAGCAAAACAGGAAACCAAGAUAAUGACUAAGUUCAGAGAAUUGGACAAAUUUGUCUAGUCCGAGUGGACUCAGAGCGGGUAGGCUUCACGGCUUCUGGGCGUUGGGAUGGCAUGAGCUACCACGUAGAGUUUAGUCUGCCUGCCUGCCGCGGUAGUAGUGACCUGUGCGGUCCCAACCCGUCUCUGUUUACUGCCUUUGAACAGACCUUCUUCCUUCCCCCGCCUCAGGUCACCUCGGGUCUCCACCUUGUCUGUGCUGGAUUGCCCGGUCUGACCCUGCAGGAAGCAAAAGGGUGAGCUUAAAGAACAACCAAACCCUGCAGGGGGUCGGGGGGCAGCCAAGUUCAGGGUCCAGCAGUCUCAGCACUGACCCUCUUACCCCUUUGAGCCAUCCUGGGGCUGGGGCCGGGGCUGGGGCUGGCAGAGAAUUAGCAGGAGAGAGCCGUGAGGCUUGCCCCGGGCGGGCUCAGCUCUGUAGCUGGGGCCUGGGCUGGGCAGGAGGGUGGGGUGGCCAGCGUUCUUCAGGAGCCUGUGCUCAGGUUGGCCUCCAGACCUGGCCCCUCUUCUCCAUUGGCUGUUGCUUUGGACUGGACUGUCCUGGGGGCCUAAGUCCUGCAGAGCACAAAUGUCUGCUGGGCUGGCUAGGGUCCCCUUCACUCCCUAGCCCUAAAGCAGUCUUCACCAAGCAGCUGCCUCCACCUCCAGGCUGUCCACUGGCCACAAGGAGGAGGACAAUGAUGGCAGUCCCCACCUGCCCAGCGUGGCCUUUUCCCCAUCAGCCACAGCCCCUUCAUGCUUUGCGGCCUAUGUCCAUGGUGUAGAGGGCUGUGCUACCCGGAGAGGAGUCAGGGCCUUUUUCCAGGCUGCGGGGUGGAGGCAGAUCGCUCUCUGGACCACUCCCACCCACUCACUGCUCCCCUCAGGGAGGAAGAAGCUGCUCUGUAAUGUCCUGGCUGUUGUCCCCCAUUCUCGCCCAUCCUGGCCGCUCACCACCCCAUUCCCUCCCAUCACAUGACAGGAUAAUGUGCAAGGAAAGUAUUUUUAUGUAUCAUAAAUGUAUUUUGAGACAAAUAAGGAAAAGAACGAAUGCUCAUGUAUCUGGUUAAAGGAGCUCUGACUUGCUGACAGUGUGUGAGCAUUUGCAAAGUAAGGGCCUCCUCUUCCUCGGAGAAGCCACCCAGGUUUCCAGACACAGUGUUGGGCUGUGGGGAGGGCUGGUGGUGUGUGCACCUGCCAGGGCACGUCUCGCGUGUCCUCACGCAUGCACGUCUGUGAGUGGUGUGUGGACAACACUGGGAGUUGCUGGGGCAGUUCCUAGGAAUCAAGCAGCCCCAUUCUAACACGCACCCGCAGCAACUGGACUUGGCAUUUCUUUGCUCACUGCCAGAUGUGACCAACCUCUGCCCACGCCCAAUGCUCUGCAGAGCGAUCUGGAUCCCUGUCGCAAGGCCCUUGGGGAGGCCACUCUCCCAUGCCCCUGACCCGGCUGGCCACAUUGGCCAAAGAGCCAGGGCUGGAGUCUGGGACUUCGGUUGUUCUUUAAGGCACUUCCUGCCACCUUCUCCUCAGAUGCACAAACACUGUGCUCCAUAUUGGUGUGGGGGGCGGUGGGAGGGUGAUAUGAAUGUCACAGGAGGAGACACCUUCUGUCUUUGUUUCAAAGAAAGUGAUGUGCCAUUUGUUAAUAUACAAGAGAAAUAUUGAAAAUAUAUUGAAAAGAGCAAUUUUAAAUUAUUUUUGGCUUAUGUUGCAAUAUUUAUUUUCUUGUAUUAGAAGAGAUUCCUUUGUAGAGAAAAAAUGUAUUUUUCAUUAACGCAAAGACCUAUUUCUCCUUUUUGUACAUUGUCCAUGUUCGCAACCCUUAACGAGCAAUAGAAUGUAUGGUCGCCUCGGUGUGGCCAGUGCCCGCUGUGCCCUGCAUGACUCUGUGUUGCCGCUGCUGCAUAGCUCCUGGCCCCAUCCUGUCCUGCUCACUCAUGGGGCUUCCAGACCCCGGUCCCCUCAGGGCCUGUGUCUUAAAGAGCCCUUUGCACUCCUCGUGUGUUGGCAAUCGCAGUUAAUAAAGCAAUGUUUUCUGUGC